AUGCAAGGCUAUAGCGCUGUCCCGGCGCCCUAUGCUUCAUACAUGUACGCACCCCAGGGUGGUGCAGCCUACGGUCACGGUGCACCCCCGCCCUUAGGCCCACACCAGUUGUCGGGUUCACGCUAUGAUCCCGCCGUCCCUCCGCCGGGCGCAUACAUGGCGCAACUCGGCGGUCCGCCCGUCAUUCCCCCAAAUCCAGGUGGUGCAGUACCUCGACACCGACGCCUCCAUGAACAUGACCGCUCAGCAUCGGAUCCCGUCAAAAAGCCUCUCAGGUCUGCCAUGAAGAGACAGCCAGGUACUCCCGGCCCCGGUCCGAAUCCGAAUUUACAUCGCUCGAGAACCGUUCCAGGUAUUGACCCGGAUAACUACCGUGGACGUGAGAUGAAGCCGACUGCGAGCCAGAUGUCGCGCGGUCGGUCCAUUUCGGGUUCGGAGCGAGUACGAGCGACUUCGCUGUCCCGACAUCGGUCACGUUCUCAGUCUCGUCGGAACUAUACCCCUGCUCACCUAAUCCUCUCGCUCAACGGGACUUGCAGGAUGAAUCUAUCGAGUGUCAUUUAUCAAGAAACUGUCGAUAACAUUCGGGAACGUGUUCUGACAAUGUGGCCAGACGGUGUCAUCUUCCAAACGUAUCGUGAUGAGACGAACGAAUUCUUGGUCCAAUUCAGCGGAACGCCGUGGACAGCAAGAGGUAGUCUUGGGUUAAUGGCUAUGAAGAUGAUUCUGGAAUUAUUUGCGGUCCUUGCUCGGCAGGGCUAUGCUUGCAUUUCUGCAAUCGAUACGGGCCACACGGCAAUAUUCAGCGUUAAUCAGCCAGAGUCGUCCGCAGAAUUCGCUAUGAUAAUCUUUUCGAACAACCGCAGGAAGAUCAAGCUCAUAAAUCAUGCCCACCAAUUCUGCGAGUCCCUCACGGAUCUUGUUCAUGAACAAUUUCCACACAGGAUACGAAGUGCAUCAUGGGAUGAUAGCGAUAUGUAUCAGAUUGAAAUGAAACGGCUCGACUUUGAUAACAUUGCGGAUCUCAUGAUUGCAACCAUUCUGGAACACGCUUCUUCAUCGGGUCUAAAGCUAGAAGGCACUAUUCCGCUUUCGCACUCCGGAUUCUGGGGCUUUCUUCAAGGCCGCAAGGAGCUCUGGAUCUUCCGUCGCCUGCCGAGUUUCUCUUGA